CAAGAUGCCUCUCUAAGUCUUCCUGUAAUGUUACACCCAAGAGUGGCUUGUCCCACCAUUCCAGUCCCCUUUGCACAGCAAGGGGCAGAGGAUGGCUUUUCACGAGUCUCAGAGGAACAGGGCACCUGGAUAAUCCGGUUCAUGUUGUAAGUCACCUCUCUUGGUUCAGGCCAAGUCAGAGCGCUCAGGGGCCCUGCCAAAACAGAAGCUCGCCUGCCCUGGGGUGGGUGGGGUAAUGAGAUGGAAUUGGUUUAGAGCCAUCAUCUCUUACCACAAGGGAAGGCUGCAGUGUCCCUGGAAAGACAUUGUCUGAUUCUGCUACUAAUUUGGUUCAAAUGACCUUGAAAGGCAGGGCGAUUUCUGUAACUCUCUCCUCCAUAUAUAAAGAGCUGCAAAAAUGAGAUGUCAGGAUGGUGCCCAUGGCCUUCAGAAACCGAAGCUGAGCGAGUGGAGAGAGGAGCUUUGAGACUUGCCCCCUUUCCACCCCAGCAGGACAUCAGCUCAUCUGCGAAUUCAUCUUCAAGGGAGGGGAUGAACAAUCAGUAUGUCCGUCGGGAAGUCUUCUGCUGUGAAACUUGUCGUGAGCUCAGAAGCUUCUGGGAAAAAGAAAUUAGCAAACAGACUUGUUACCGGGAACUGGAGGAAGAUCGUCAGGGAAGGAGCGCCCUUGGGAAGCUCAGAGAGGAAUGGAAGCAACACCUAGACAAAAGGCUGCAGAUGACGGACAAGGCUGAUGAGCAGGACACGCAGGCAAGCACCACAGGCUGUCAGCCUCCUGCCCAAUCCACUCGGUGGAAAGGAGCCACCAAGGGCACUCUUCUAGGAGAAAAAACUAAUGCCAAAGUUUCUCUGACUUACUAAACAGGACACUCCCUUCUCUGCCAUGUGUGAGGGGAUUUGCAUGUGAACCUGCCCCAGGGCUGGGGAGUCAUUAUCCAGCCCAGUCCUUUCUGCACAGGGCGGGGUGGCCGCCAAUGGGACAGGAAGCCCAGGUAUUUAAUGCAAAAGCUCUUGGAAUUAGUACUCCCGAGCUUUCAAUUAUCCAUGUAGUGUACUCACUCUAUUGCCACAUUUUCUUCUCAUUUUGAAAUCUGAAUAUUCUGUCUGAGCUUACCAAGGGUAAUGACCUGGACAGACUCUGGCCCCCUGGAUCUUCUGGAAAAACAAAGUGAUACAAUCUUUUCUUCUUGUCCCUGCUCUUUGGCAACUACAAAAAUAAAGCUGUAAAUACGAAAAGAAUAAUUUAUUAGCAAUAUGGUUUGAAAUUAACUGAAAUAAAUUUUUUCUCUUCAUAUUGUUUUUUUUCAUAAACAUUUAAUUGGAAACAUGCAGUGAAAGCAAAAUAAUGCUUAAUA